AUGUCAGAACUUUUAGGCAUCGACUUCGUUCUUUCUGGUUUGACCCCUUCCGAUGCUAGCUUCAAAGAACGAUCUGUAUCCGAAAUCAAAACACUGCCCCCAAUGGUAUCCAUUCAAUCUAAGCUAUUGAAAUCGGAUUAUCACGGUGCCAUCCUUACUGGCGUUCCCAAGCGACAUACCGUGUUCCAAAUUGAACUAGAGAUUAAAGGAACCGCAAGUCAGAUACAAAAAUUGGUGUUAGAAAUCUUUGGAAACCAGUUUGCUUUCAGGGCUGCUGAUAGAGUAGGCAAGAAGUUUAAAACCAAAGCUUUCGUAGAGCUUUGA